AUGUCUGGCAUCGAAGUGCUUGGAGUCAUCGCGAGCGCGAUCCAAGUCGCAGAGCUGGGCAUGAAACUGUCUGUCAGGCUCUGCACUUUUUAUCGCGACAUCAAAGCGGCAAAUCAGACCAUUCAAAAUUUGUCGAGCGACGUAUCGCUUACAUGUGCCAUCCUCCACGAGCUCGGAGAGACGCUCCAGACGGAUGAGCAGAGUAAGGUUUGUUCCGACCAGGCGUUUCGUACGGUAGAAAAAGUGUUAGCGGAAUGCAAGGAUGUUUUCCAACAGAUUGAAAUAAUAGCAGAGAAAGAAACUUCAAAGAUUGGAAGCAACCGUCUCUCUCAGAAGCUCUCGGUUGCUAUGAUGAGACCCGACCUGGAAAUGUUUCAAACCCAUCUGGAGCGCCUUAAAUCGACCAUGCUACUCAUGCUGAACGUUAUCAUGUAUGCUGGCCAGAUACGCCGGAGAGCGGAAAACUCUGUCCUCGAAGAUCAGCGCAAACUCAUUCAAACACUAAUUGACGACAAGAAGAACAAUGAAACUCGAUACAACAGCCUUAUAAGAUUGAUCCGCACUUCUGUUAGCGUUAAGAGUACGCCUGAAGCCUCACAUUCUAGUGAUAUGAUUCAAUCGACGAGCACGGGAGCACUCUCAUUUACAGCUGCAAAUAUAGCCGUGCGUGCGAAUGAAAAAAUAACUACCUCUCGAGCAAUGCACACAGAGGGAACACGCAAUCAGUCAACCAUUGAAGAACAAGACACGCUCAAACACGUUGGCGACUUUCAAGUCUACGGUGCUUUCGUGCGAAGGGUCCUUGAGGAUAUCGACCGUUGCCAACCGCUUCUUGACCCACCCCGGUACCUCAGAUUCCGAAACGGAAUAGUCAAAAUGCACAUGGAGGAGUAUCCCAAAUAUCGGCAGACACAUUCUAUUGGUAUCAUUGAUUCUUCCAAGUUCUUCAGCGAUCCAAUAUUCGACUUUCGCGGUGGAUCUCCAUCGAGCUUGGUUCAAGGUGAUCCAAGAGCCAUGCAGCGGGAUGAAACUUCAACUUCAGAUUUAACAACAAAUCCCUGGGGGUAUUCAAGGUCUCAUCACGAUGAUAGCGAUGAUAACGAUGAUGAUUAUACCUUCGACAGCGUCGCCGACGCAGCCCUUCCUAUGCGGAGCGACAGUUUUGCUGCUAGAGACCCCCUCACCUUUCCCCCGGAGAUUAUCCCAUUGGGGUAUUCGACCGAUUCACUUGAAAGGAUCUCCGUCGAUUGCGCGGUGGAGUCAAAAUUUCAGUCAAACCCGCUUGUACACAAUGAAAGAAACAGCCAUCGAAGUGAUUCCAAUGUCACCGGGACCAGCGUUGAGGAUGGAAGCUAUACCAGGCCUGUUCGUUCCCACCGACGUCGAUUGCUUGGAUUAUUGAAAUCUGGCAAUCAAGGCCCAGUAUCUAUCCAGUCUGAGCCUCUGGAUAAAACACUGGAUAGAUUGGUACUAAAAUGGACAACCUUGACCGUGGAUGAGAUACAGCGCUGA